AGUUACCUACCGAAAUAAACGGUGGAGAGAGACAUAUACUGACCGGAAUAUCAUUCAUAAUCGAACAGGUAGAAUCACACGAUCUAAGAUCAACGGUUCGGAUCACCGAACCAUGGACCACGUAUUCAAAACGGACACAUCAGGACCUUGUAGUGGCUCGCUUCAAAAUUCACAGCGUCAUCUCUAAUCCCUGCCCUAGCUUCCUCCCCUCUCUUCAUCGAUCUCGAUCGCCCGUCCAAACCUCCAAGCUGAGAGAGAGAGAGAGCGAGAGAUCCAUUUUUCUUCUUUUGUCGGAGUAGAAACAGAUCAAAAUCGUAUUUUCUUCGGUUGAAUUUCGUGAUUUCAGGCAUGAGCAGCGGAGAUCUUCUCAGCAUCCAUCCUACAGAGCUCAAAUUUCCAUUUGAAUUGAAGAAGCAGAGCUCAUGUUCUCUGCAAUUGACUAACAAGACAGAUCAGCAUAUCGCCUUCAAGGUUAAAACGACCAACCCAAAGAAAUACUGUGUGCGUCCUAACACCGGUGUUGUUUUGCCUGGGGCCACAUGCGAUGUUACAGUUACGAUGCAAGCCCAAAAGGAUGCUCCUCCGGAUCUGCAAUGCAAAGACAAGUUCCUCCUUCAGAGUGUUGCUGCAAGUGAUGCUGUGACUGUAAAGGACAUAACCCCUGAAAUGUUCAAUAAAGAGGAUGGAAAGGUUGUUGAAGAGUUCAAAUUGAGGGUGGUUUAUAUUCCUGCUAAUCCCCCCUCGCCAGUCCCUGAGGAAUCGGAAGAAGGAUCUUCUCCCAGGGCCUCGUUGCUAGAUAAUGGAAAUCCAAAUGCUUCCUUGUCAGAUGCUGCAUCAAGAUCUUCUGGGGAACACAAAGAGAAUCCAGAGGCAUUCUCUAUGAUUUCCAAGUUGACUGAGGAGAAAACUAAUGCCAUUCAACGAAAUCAGAAACUGCAGCAAGAACUGGAGCUGCUAAGGAAAGAGGCCAGCAAAAGCCAAGGUGGCAGCUCAUUCAUGUUUGUGGUUCUGAUUGGUCUCCUGGGCAUCCUGGUUGGCUACUUUAUUAAGAUGUGAAUGGAGAGAGAAUUAAUUGAUGCAAGUGGUCCACAUUACAACUUCCAAAAAAACCUCUCUUCUUAUUAGUUGAGAAAAAAUGUUAAUUGAUUUUUAUGUAUGUUUCUUUGUGAUUAUGGAUCUGACCCUCAUAAGAAAAUGAUUAUUUCAUCAGAA